UUAAGUUCGACGAAACACGUGGUAAAGUUUGUUUUAUUUGGUUUAGAGAUGGUCGUGUUUACAUGUGGACAUUGCGGAGAGUCUGUGCAAAAGCCGAAAGUCGAGAAACAUUACCAGACGAAAUGUAGAAAUCGGAAUCCCAACUUAUCCUGCAUGGACUGUUUUAAAGAUUUUAUAGGGAAAGAUUAUGAAUCGCACACAAAAUGCAUUACAGAAGAAGAACGUUAUGCGGCCAAGGGUUUUCAGGCAAAGGAGAAAAAGGGUGAAAAGAAACAAAAUACUUGGGUAGAAAUGCUUCAAUCUGUUUUAGACGAGCAGAGGAAUGCUCCUGGAAAUGUUCGGAGAAUCAUAGAGACAGUUAGCACAUUCAAUAAUACACCACGCAAAAAGCCGAAGUUCAUUAAUUUUGUUAAAAAUGUAUGUGGGAAUAAGACCAACCCUAAAGACAUUGACCAAGCAUGGGACUUAAUUUCUGUUAAACUUUCUGCUUUAUCUACUAAUAACCAGAAUAAAAAUCAAAAUCAAGAUGCUUGUGAUGACAAUAAAACUAUCAGUGAAGAAAAUGAAGACAAAAUUCUUGAUAAUAGUAAGUCUGAAGAAUGUAAAACUGAAGUAACAGAAGUUGAAAAUAUAGAAACAGAACUGGAUAAAAAUGGAGCUGUUGAAAAUGUAGGCGAUGCAAAUAAGAAAUUAUCUAAAAAACAACGCAAAGAAGAAAAAAAACGUAAGAAGUAUGAGGCUGAACUACAGAGUGCUGAAGCACCUGUACAGGAAGAAGAUGUUGAAGUAACUACUAAGAAAGGUAAGAAAAAGAAGAACAAGAGUGAAUCAAGCAAUGGAGACAUAGAAGAAAUUCCAAGUGGCAAAAACAAAAAUAAACGUAAACGUCAAGAUACUGCCAAUAGUGUUCCUGAUGUACAAGAAAGUCAUGAUCUGGAAAACACUGAAAAUGUUGAACCCGUUUCUAAAGAUAAGGUUUCAAAGAAAAAGCCUAAAGUUGAAGAGGAGGAGUUAGAUGAAAGUGUUUGUCUUCAUGAUCAGAAUGUAGCCAAAAUUGAAGAAUUAUCCAUGAAUACUGAACAAAAAUUCAAUUGGCAUGCAGUUAUUUUAUCAGUUCUUGAGAAAAAAGGUAAUGAGUUACCUUUUAAACGAUUACAGAAGAGAGUUCUCAUGGAGUUUACUGAAGCAACUGGUCAAGAAGUGGAUGACCGUAUUGCAGACAAGUUUAUAAAAAAAUUGAGAAGUGCGCCUAAUGUGCGUGUUGAUAAAAACAGGGUGUACAUUCUUGAUUAAAAUUAUCUUUAGUCAUUCUUCAGAGUGUAAAGCAAAUGUGUUCAAAUUAAAUAAUUGUGAUAAUUUGGAGUAGAGAUGUGGAUAUUUUGGUUACA